CCGACAUGGGUCUGGGUGUGCCAUUUAAUAUUGCAUCUUAUGCGCUCCUGACAUGCAUGAUUGCUCAUGUUUGUGACCUUGUUCCGGGUGAUUUUAUCCAUGUUAUCGGGGAUGCUCAUGUUUACCGCAAUCAUGUGAGACCUUUGCAGGAGCAGCUCCAGAACCAACCAAAACCUUUUCCGAUUUUGAAGAUAAACCCAAAGAAGAAAGAUAUAGAUUCUUUUGUGGCUGCUGAUUUCAAGCUCAUAGGAUAUGAUCCUCACCAGAAGAUAGAAAUGAAGAUGGCUGUCUAGGAAUCUUGUGAGAUUCUCAAUCCCUUCUUGAGGCUGUUAUGCUUUCUGAAAUGAGGCAAGUAAUCUAUUAGCCUGUUUGCUUUUACGUUUGAAAACUUGGACGUGAUUUUGAGAAGCAACUAUUAGUUGCUUUUGUUGCGUUAUAACGUGAAAAUAGGGAAAAACGUGGAUCUCAAACGUAUUACCAAAC